ACUAUAGUCAUAUUCGAACACUUGAUUAUUUCAAUUUUUAAAGAAAUAAUCAUUCAGGGGAAAUGAUCUCGACCAACGAUUAUCCGCAUGAAAAGAAUGAAAGUUUUAUUCAACCUCAGAUUCUUAAAAAAGCGCUACUUGAUGACGCUUUUGAAGACGAAAUUUUAGAUUUUGAAGAAUUGGUUAAAACGUUGGGAGCAAGUCAACAGUCUUUUGACAUAGAAUCAAUCAUUGAAGAACCAAAAUCAGCAUCAGGAUCACUGGAAAUGGUGAAAAGUCACAACAUUCUUUCUGAUGUAUACAACAAUCAAAAUGAUGCUGAUGAUACUCAGUCUCUCCAGUUUAAUUCUUCUCUGGAUGCUACUCAGGUGGAUUUGGAUAGAUUUAUCAUGGAUAUUAUGGAGACAUCAACUACAACAGCAUAUCAAUCAAACUACCAUCAUCAAGAACCCACUCAACAUUGCAAUACAUCUCAAUCCUCCAACUAUAUUAGUAACUCUUCAAUCUGCUCAACACCUAAGUCUGGUUCUCCACCCUCUCCAGUACUGCCAAUAUUACUAUCCUCGUCAUCAACACCAACACUAAUACCAACAACAGUAUUACCAACACCGUCAUCAACACUAUUACCAGCUGCCUCAUCAACAUUAUUACCAGCUGCCUCAUCAACAUUAUUACCAGCUGCCUCAACAACAACAUCAAAAUUAUUACCAACUGCCUCAACAACACCAACAACAUUAUUACCAGCAACAGUUCAUCAUACAACUAAAUCUCAGUCCAAUAAACCUACAGCUAACAUCCCUAGACAUUUACGUGAAUCACAUAUAAGAGCAGAACGAAAACGACAAUCAAAAAUUAAGAAUGCCAGGGAACAAUUGAAAGACCUGUUGGGUUUACAGAGAGCCAGUGAAAAUAAAAUAGUAGAAAAAGCUGUGGAAAGAUGUCGAUUCCUAAAGGCCGAACUGGUCAGGAUGGACAAUGAGUCCUCCAAGCUUAAAAAGGAAAAGGAGGCUUUAGAUGCUGAUAUAGACGUAUUUAUUAAAAACCUACCACCAACAUUAGAUGAUCAACGCCUGACAUGUGGCAGUUCUUUGACUGGUCUUUAUCAUAAAUAUUACUCUCGACCACAGAAUCACAAUACUAAAUUCAAUAUAUUUGAGAGAAUAAUGAUGCCUCUGUUCCAGUCAUAUGUUGAACAUGUAGAAAAGACGCACACCAAAGAAGAAUUUAACCAUGGUUUACAAACAUGGUGUAAACAGAAUCUCAGUCUAAUCAGUCUCCGACAUAAAAUAACUUUUGGUCUAUUGGACUGGCAGAAGUCGUCAAACUUAGUCAUGCAUAGCCCCGUUGUUAAAGCCUCAACUAAACGACAAUCAUAGCCAUUAUGUUAAUGGUUGUUAAUAUAUGUAAAUAGUAUUAAAAUUCAUAUAAAAUACUUUAAUCCUAAAAAAGAAAAUGAUAAUGGAAAAAGAACAUAUCAUUCUAUAUAUAAUACUCAUUAUGUACAAUUAGUAUUUAUAAAGAUAUAUACAUUUAGAAACAUUAGAGAAAACGGAUAAUAAAGUAGCCAUCUCAGAUAG